AUGGCUGAAAUAAUGAGUAAAAGUUCUAAACAAACAAAAGAUGAAACCAAAAAGUUUACAAUUAGCAACUUUAAGUUCUCACCACGAUGGCUUCACUGUUUUUUAAAGCGCCAUGAUCUUUCUCUUCGGCAUAAGACUAAAAUCGCACAGAAGUUACUGAGAGACCUUGAAGACCAGCUUCUUAGUUUUCAGCAGUUUGUAAUCCAUCUUCGUCAAAAAAAUGAAUAUCCUCUUAUUAUUAUCUUUAAAGAAAAGGUUUGGCCAAUUAAUACACCUUCACCUCCGGCUGGGGUGGCUGUUUGGUUCCAGGACAAAGCAAUGCUUGUAUUGGAUUCUUUCUCUAAACAUAUUACAGAUUGGGUUAAGGCUGAGUUUCAUUCAGGAAAUACUGAUUUGGCUGUAAUUUCUGGGGGUCUUACUAGAAGUGAGGAUCAUUUAAUCUACGAUGAUUGUAAGAAUGAUAAAGAUGAUGAAUCUGAUGAAGAUGCUGCAGGAUCUGAUGAAGAUGAAGAAUAUGAUGAACAGCCUGAUGAAGGUGAGGAGCCCGAUGAAG